GUGAGGUUUGCUAGUCGCCAGUCGCGACGGUAACCAAGGGAACCGGUAAACAGGGAGGGCGGCAGAGCUGUCGGUGUCGCCGCUGGCGGGAAAGCGACGCGACACGGUUUACACUAAGGACAUGGUGACUGACUUUGAUGAGAAGCAUGAUGAAUAUUUAAUAUUACUUCAACAAAGAAACCGGCCCUGAUCUCAGUUGGGUUCUUUAGCAAGAGGGCCUUCAGCAGGGGACAAAAUUGCCUUAUUCACGAUAAAUGUGCAAGCGUUGGCAAGACUGAUAUUGAGACAUUUGAAAAGAAAGGACCCCAUGCAAAUCAAACUAGAGCAUUUAGAACAAGGAUUUUCUCUGUAUCUAAAUGGAGCUAAUUCAGAGUCAAGAAACUGUCGCAGAAAACCCAGUUUUCAAGAAUUCUUUAGAUGUGGGUUGCAGACUGCAAGGAUAAAUGAUUCUGGUACGCCAGCCCAAGUAAAAGAAAUUGAACUGCAAGGACGCAGCACGCAGACUGCACCAAGCAAAAUCCAACGUAAAGGAUGGCGUCAGAAACCUGUGCUGAUUAAAACAGAAAGUGGCUCUAGACUCUGCAUUUCACCUCCUCUGGAGUACUCUGAUGAUUUUGAACCUUAUGAAAGCUUGAAUAUGGAGACAAACGACUAUCAUAUUAAUUGUUCCCAGAAUCUCAAGUCUCCCAAAAGCAGUCCUGUCAGUGACUUUAAAUUCACCACCCAGAACCCAGUACUCCAAGUACAUGGCGAUGUGGAAAAGGAAAGAAUACUUUUAAGUAUUGAUGAUGUAAAGGAAUUGAGAAGAAGUUUGGAACUCAGUGUAAGUCAGAAAAGGAUGGAGAAGGAAAGUUCUAGUGAUGACUAUGACUCUGUUGAGGAGGAUGUGCUUUUGGAGCACUCUCAGGUGGAAGAGACAGUUGCAAGUUUUGGAAGCCUCCAGUUGCCCAGUGGCGAGUCAUUACUGAAGGAUGUUCCCAAGUAUCAGGAGGCUGGAAGAUGCUGUGACCUCGAUGCUGGUGCUCUCGUGCUGGAAUUUAAGCAGAAUCCAACAAAUAUGAAACAGGAACGAAUUCUGUCUGCAAAGAGGAAAGAUGCUGCUGAAACCUACAUUCCAAUCAGACCUAUGAAGGUCAGAAGUAAAAUGGCUCGUCCACUUUCUGCUGGACCCCUGCACCAGGAGGGACAUGAAAGAACCUGCUCCCGACCAGUAAGUCGACCAGAAAAGCCACUGUCAGCAACUCGAAGGAAUGUGUGUGAGAAGAAGGAUCCUGAGCAAUCUGCUUCUGCUGUCAUUAAAGCUAUGCAAGUUGAAAAUGAGAUCUUGCAAAGAGAGAUGCUUUGCAGAAGGCUGGAGACUUCUACCAGCCGUCAAAUGCUGCCUUCUGUUUCAAUUUCAUCUAUUUCUGCAACAACUGAGCCUUCAGAAAAACAACAGGAAACAACUGUAGUCACAGAAGCCAUUGAAAGAAUUGGCCAUUUGGGAAGCAGGCAACAGAGGAAACUUUUGAAACUCCUGCAGGAAAUUGAGAGCUGUUCUAGCUGCCACAGUCACGAAGUCCUACCUACUGAGGAACCGGAGCCAGAUUCUGUGGAUCAGCUGCAAACAAAGGCAGAAGUACAGGAUGCCAUUUAUGUGACUAUGGAAAUCCUCUCCAAUUGGGGGAAUGCAGUCAAUGUGGGCUUGACGGAGGUGGAAUUCUUUGAUUUACAUGCUGUCAGGAUGUUUGUGUCUCCUCAUGACGUGGACAUCCGAAAUGCUGACUCUCCAGGGGAUCUCUCUUGUCUGGUCAAUAGAAGCCUGAAUAGCAUCAAGGAGCGCUUCCUGUGGACGUGCCCUUUCCAUGCACCAGUUCAGCUUUACUUUGUUAUCCGCAAUCCCAGCUGGUCACGUGACUUUGGUAUAUCUAAGAUCAAGAUUUGGAAUUACAACACGACGACUCUUAGUGAUCUUGACAUAGGUGCAAAGAAUGUGAAACUAUAUAUUGAUGAGAACCUUGUAUUCAGUGGUCAGUUAGAAAAAGGCUGUGGAGAUCUAACCACUGAUUUCAGCACUACAAUCAACCUUAAAGACAAUAGACAAGAGAUUGCUGCACAUUCUACACAAGGAAGAAAACAAUCAAAUGGAGCUAAUAGCACAGGCAAUAAGGAGGACCUGUACUUAAAAUAUCCACAGCCAGACUGGGCUUUAUUACACUGGAAAUCUUCCUUAGAAGAAAAUCUCCCUGAGGAAAUGAUGAAUUCCAUCAACUUUAGGAAAGAGAAAUUGACUAGAUUAGAAGAAGAUCUGAAGGUGUUAUCAACUCCUGUGUCUACGAAGGCUCUCAAGAAUGACGUGUCAGAAUCAGCAGUUGUGGAGUACAUUCAGUCUGAUGAUGAGCUUACUAUGAGUGAGCAAAUGGAAAAACUAACCAGAAGAAAAUUAUCUGAAUCUACAGGUGUAACUCCAUCUUGGUUACAGUCCUCUUCCCAAGUGACAGAGAAGUACCAUAAACAGAAACCCUCCUGGCUGGAUACAAAGCACCCUUUAGAUUUGAGAGUUCAAGAGCAGUCUGAUGGCACCAUGAGGGGCUGUCCAGGACUAACUGAUGAGACUAUCAAAUGUCACGGAAGUGAACUGGGGAGAUCCAACAGUAGGAAUGCAAAUGGAGAUGAGAAGACACAAAUGGUAACCAGUAAAGGCUGUACUAUUAACUUGGACAUUUUAGACCAGCUUCCCAACAAGUAUUGCUGCACCCCUGAAUGUCCUGCUAGUGGGAGGAGAAGCAGCAGAGGUGUAAGAAAGGAGGGUUUAUGUACAAGUCAUGGAGAUGAAGGUCUGACACACACAGAUGAAGCCCUUUGUGUCAAAGGCCUAAAAAACUUCAGAGCCGGGUGGCACAGUGAACAAGAACACACUCUGCAGGAGUCAUGGAACUCCCUUCUAAAGUUCAAUUAUUCUCACCGUGGGCGAAUCUCCAACAUGGAUUUUCAAGGGGAUAUCUUUGAUGAGUUUCUACAUCAGCAAAAAAUCAGCCGGCAUGGAGAACAUCAGCUUGUGAGGAAAGAAGGAAUACAAGUGCUACCAAAACGACAAGAAGAAAAUUACAUGGAGACAGAUGAUGGAAAUGAUUUUAAAAUCCCUGUUUUGCCAUAUGGACAGUACUUAAUAAUAGACAUUAAAUCCACAUGGGGAGACAGACACUAUGUUGGUCUUAAUGGAAUUGAAGUUUUUAGUUCCAAAGGAGAGCCUGUUCAGAUUUCAAAGAUAAAAGCUGAGCCACCUGAUAUAAAUAUUUUACCAGCGUAUGGCAAAGAUCCAAGAGUAAUAACCAAUCUAACUGAUGGGGUAAAUCGGACACAGGAUGACAUGCACCUUUGGCUAGCACCCUUUACUCCUGGGAAGCCUCACCUUAUCUAUAUUGACUUUGUGAAUCCCUGUCAAGUAGCUAUGAUUAGGAUUUGGAAUUAUAAUAAAUCCCGAAUACACUCCUUCCGAGGUGUGAAAGAUAUUACAAUGCUAUUAGAUGAGCAAUGCAUCUUUAAAGGAGAAAUUGCAAAGGCUUCAGGAACAUUGUCUGGAGCUCCAGAGCACUUUGGGGAUACUAUAUUGUUCACGACUGAUGAUGAUAUUCUAGAGGCCAUAUUCUGCUAUGAUGAGACUUAUGAUGGAGAAAUUGAAAAUGUGUGCUCGCUAAGAUAUGAGGAAGAGCUAAAGAGACCAAGGACUGCUGAUGGGGAGGGAGAUGAGAGACCUUUCACACAAGCAGGCUUAAGGACAGAUGAUAAGCAGGUUCAAGAGCAAGUGAUGGUGUCAGACCAUCUUUCUGAGCUUACACCUAAGCUCCCCGGGGUAUACACUGGACAAUGUCUGCAGCUAAAUUUCACCUUAUCCUGGGGAGACUCACAUUAUCUUGGACUGACUGGACUUGAAGUAGUAGGAAAGGAUGGUCAGGCUUUACCAAUUACUAUGGCUCAGAUUUCUGCUUCACCACAGGAUUUAAAUGACCUUGCAGAGUACAUGGAAGAUUCCAGAACAUUAGACAAGUUAAUAGAUGGGACUAACAUCACUGUUGAAGAUAAUCAUAUGUGGCUUAUUCCUUUCACUUAUGGGGAAGAUCACAUGAUCACAAUCCAUUUUGAUAAAGCUGAAAAUAUUGCAGGGCUUCGCUUUUGGAACUAUAAUAAAUCUCCAGAGGAUACCUAUAGAGGGGCUAAGGUUGUCCAUGUCUCGCUGGAUGGACAUUGUAUCUCCCCGACAGAGGGCUUUCUUAUCCGAAAGGGACCAGGCAACUGUCACUUUGACUUUGCUCAAGAAAUUCUCUUCAUUGACUACUUGAAGCCCCAACAGAUUAUCAGACCAUAUGGCAGAAUUAAUGCAAGGGGGAUGGAACAAGCUAGUAUGGACUAUGAAGCACCAUUGAUGCCAUGUGGUUUUAUUUUCCAGUUUCAGCUUCUAACGAGCUGGGGUGAUCCAUACUAUAUUGGUUUGAAUGGACUAGAGUUGUAUAACGAACAUGGAGACAAAAUCUUACUCACUGAAAACAACAUUGCUGCUUUUCCAGACAGUGUCAACAUUUUAGAGGGGGUGUGUGGAGAUAUCCGAACUCCAGACAAACUGAUUGACAGAGUUAAUGACAGUGGUGAUGGCAGACACAUGUGGCUUGCACCUAUUCUUCCUGGUUUGGUGAAUAGGGUUUAUGUUAUUUUUGACCUGCCCACUACCGUGUCAAUGAUCAAACUGUGGAAUUAUGCAAAAACUCCCCAAAGGGGAGUGAGAGAAUUUGGUCUUCUUGUAGAUGACUUGCUUGUGUACAAUGGAAUUCUAGACAUGGUGAGCCACAUAGUGCAUGGCAUCCUGCCCACUUGCGACCCUGUGGUCCCAUAUCAUACCAUUCUCUUUACAGAUGAUGAGAGGAUUUGCCAACGAGAGAAGAAUACAGUUAUUAGCAAUCAUGUAGAGGAUCAGGAUGUACGAAUGAUGAACGAAAAUCAACUUAUCACAAACUCCAAAAAGAAGCAGAUUGCUGCUGAUCCCGCUUUACGUCCAAAAACCUGCAUAUGUGAUAAAGGAAUACUGAGGAGGAAAAGACACUGAGGGGUUAUGAACUGGACGUCCCGAGCCCACCCACCUGAGAUGCCUACCACCUGGCACUUCGGAAUGCAAAUCAGCCAUGUGGCAGAUGUUUGCCACUUGACACUCCCAAACCACCACCGAAAGGCCUGAGAUCUUUACUGUGUAAUGAUGGGGAGUUUCAUUUGAUGGAGGAAGCUCUUUAGAAAUGAAAUUUUAAGUAUAUGCUGAUAGUGUUUCUUAUUAUGUCAGCACCUAUACUAUCCAAAUUUUCAUUCUCUGUUAACUGGUAAACCAGUAAACAGUGUAAGUAAAGUCACUGUUAACUUCUACCUAUCUCUACCUAAGUGGACCUGCUUUUGAGUAAGAACCUUAAUGCUAACUGGAGUCCACUGAGUUUACACACACAUGGUUAUAUGCUGGAUUGUGUACAAAGAGGCUGUAGCAACACAUGCCAUAUAGUGCACAAAACAGAUCUAUUGUCAUCAACAUACCACACCCAUCCUGGCAAACUAAGUGCUUUCCCUCUGGAGGUAACUUGUGUUCCAUAUAUAAAUGGAUUAUGUUUCUGGAUCUAAACCUGAAGAGUCCAGAUAUAUUGUAGUAUAAGUGUGGUGUUAUGCAACUAAAAAUGUGAUGAAAAAAGUGACUGUGUUGCAGGGUGCAGUUAUGUAAGUGUCAUUUUCACUUAAAAUUUGUUGCUGAUUAUAACCUAUAAAUCUCUUUUCCAUAGAAAAGAUUCUUCCUUUUCCCAGGUAGAGAGUUCCCAGUGUUCACCGUAGAGGUGAGACACUGAAAUACCAUAAGACACAUUUAUUUUAGCCAGAUGCUAUUUUAAACAUAAAGCAGAGACUUACCACUGCAAUUCCUGAUACAGCAACCAAAUUCAUUGUUGCCAAUUCUAAGCUACAUCAGGAUUAUGUGAGAACCUGAUAGCUUGUAUAUUUGCUUAUAAAAAUAUAUUUUAUUCUUUGUCCUGGUCAAUGUUGUUUGCUGAGUUGUAAAGCACAAAUGAAAUGAAAUGUACUCCCCCCGAUUUCUGCCUAUUGAUAUUACAGCUAUAUAUAACAUUUUGUAUUUAAGACAAAAAGAACUUUUUACUUUCUCUAAAUAUAAAAUAGAUUUAUA